AUGAUAGACCAUGUAUUGGGAAGGCCUUCAACCAAAUUCCGCAAGAUUCAGGUCUUUGCAGUCGUCGCAUUUUGGGCAUUAUACCUUUUGAGAGGGAAUAAGAAUGGGCCUCCAGGAAUUCGGGUUUUAUCCUCUUUUCUUCAAGGGCGGAUGACGCCAUGGCAGGCCACCGUCAUGACCAUGCUGACGCUCUAUGUAUCUCGCAAUUUUGCCAAAUUAGUCGGCCUCGAGUCUCCAGAGCCACUUGCAAAUCUAUAUUCCCGUUCCUAUUUUAGGGCAACUUGGAUAGUGACCGCACUCGACGCCGGGUUUUGGACGGCUAUGAACAUACAGAAGAAAUGGCUACGGGACCUGGCGUCCCUAGUCUUUUCUAUAUACUAUCUUAUCGCUGCUGAACAGGCGGACGAAAAGGUACGGAAGGUUAGAGCUACUUUAACCGUGGAGCAUUUGCGUGUUUCGUGGAAUAAACCGACCACUCCAUAUCUCGCAUUCUUGUCAAGGCUGCUUCGGCCACGGCUUUGCAGGCGUGAGCCGGUAGCAUUGCGGAUACCUCGUCCACGGGAGUCGUCAUAUAAAGACCCUAUCGACGCAUGGCUUUAUUUUGAUGGGCCCCUCAGCACUCUCCGUGAUCAAACAAAUAUAGUUCUUGAUAUCCCCGGUGGCGGCUUUGUUGCCAUGGGCCCACGGGUGAGUGAUGAUAAGUUACUUGCUUGGGCUGGUAAGACGGGCGUCCCAGUCCUCAGUCUUGACUACAAGAAGGCACCCGAGUAUCCAUACCCUUAUGCUCUAAACGAAUGCUAUGAUGCGUACCAUACUAUUGUCAUGACUCGCGGGAGAUCUUUGGGUCUGAGUGGAAAAAUAUGCCCAAGGAUUGUUGUGACGGGUGAUAGUGCUGGUGGUAGCCUUGCAGCAGGCCUAACCCUCAUGAUUCUGCAGUCCGGCAGUACUGACUCCCGGAAAUGGAGAGGCGAAGACACAUUACCUGCCCCCGCCGGCCUUGUGCUAAUAUACCCGAAUCUAGACCUGAACAUUGGAAGCUGGAUGACAGACGAAGAAUUAUCCUUGAUCCGAGAAAGGGGAGUGAGAAAAACAAACCGGAAUAUUCUAAGGCGAAAGAGUGAGGAUUACUACAAAUUGACGCCAUCAACUCCCCAUCCAUCAGAUGAUGACCUUGCGGAAGAUUCCAUUAUUCAGAACAAACCGUCUCCAAAUAAUGGCCACGACCACCUUACUGAUAGCCUUGUAGAGUCUUCGACUGCAACGCCUAGCAAAUCGAAUCAAUCUGGAGAAGCAAGCGUUGCAUCUCAGAUGAAAAAUUUAGUGGACAAACAGCCCAAGAAACUACAAACUCGGCUUGCUGUCACUUCUAUGAUAUCCUAUGUUAAUGAUCGAAUACUCACUCCUGAGAUGAUGAGAGCAAUGAUUAUCCUAUAUAUUGGCCCUUACAACCGCCCAGACUUCAGCACAGAUUUCCUCCUUUCACCUAUGCGUGCUCCAGAAGGUCUCCUGGCUCGCUUCCCAAAGACCUACUUUAUGACCGGAGAACGGGACCCUCUUGUAGACGACACUGUGAUAUUUGCCGGACGACUUAGGCAAGCAAAGCUCCACCGGUUCCGUGAACGAAAGGAACUUGGCCUAGAGAAGCCCGGAAGGAGAUUCGACGAAAAGGAGCAUGUUGAAGUGACACUGAUACCUGGUAUAUCCCACGGGUUUCUGAAUAUCGUUGGUAUCUUCCCGGAGGGCUGGAAACAUCUAUUCAGAUGCGCUAGGUGGAUAACAGAAAUAUUUGAUACAAUAGAUGUCAAUGGCUCUAAUGACAUGAGAGCUUCUGCAGCCCGGCAGCGAGGCAUGUCAAAUCUUGACUCUUCACUUCCGAUGAUAGACGUCGAGACGGGUAAGCAAAGCAAUGGAAGCUCACCGCACCGUCACCAUGAACGUCAUUUGACGAGUGAAUCAUCCGGUGACGAUGAUGGCCCGCUGGAGAUUAGCAUGUUGAAGAUGACGAAAAUAUCACCUUCGCCCCCACCGUCACAAGCUGAUAUUCAGCUAAACGCGCCGUCUGCCAAUUCACCUGCCAAACCGCAAGUUUCCGCCCCCAAGAGUCAGAAGAGAAAUAUACGCCGACCGAAUGCUGCAAAACUUUCUCUUUCCACCUUUCCGACCAAGAAGGGGGAAAGCUUGCGUAAUUCCGAUAAUGCGAGCCAUAGUGAGAAUGACCUGAUACGGGUGAAACAGAUCAUAACUGGAUUACGACGUGAAGCUAGUUUGACGAGUCUGCCGAGUGAUGAAGAUUUGCUUAAUAGACGGAUGGACGGGUUGGCUGGUGGGCUUAUGGGGAUAGGAGAAGGAGCAAAGACUCCAUGA